AUGAGAAAACCUUGCUGUGAUAAAGAGGGUACUAAGAAGGGAGCUUGGUCGAAGCAGGAAGAUCAAAAGUUGCUUGAUUAUAUCAAAACUCACGGUCAAGGCUCUUGGCGUUCUUUACCCAAGGCUGCAGGUUCGUAUAUGUGUGCGAAAAGAUGCAGGCUAAGAUGGAUUAACUAUCUGAGGCCAGACAUCAAACGCGGCAACUUUGGCAAGCUUCACGCCCUCCCUGGCAAUCGGUGGUCACUAAUAGCUGGAAGGUUACCAGGAAGGUUACAUAACGAAGUGAAGAACUAUUGGAAUUCUCGAAUCCGCAAGAAGCUAAUAAAAAUGGGAAUUGACGCAAAUAAUCAUAGGCUAAUUAACCAAAAUAUUAAAUGUGGAUAA